ACGCCUCCGCCAUGUCCGCCAAAGACGCCCACCUCUACGGCCAGAAACCAAAAUCUCGCACAAAGGCAAAGGAUAUCUCCAGCUCCAGCACCCUCUCCUUCUCCUCGACCCUCUCCUCGCUCAUCAAGUCGUCCUCGACUGAAACCAACAAACCCACCGCCGGCCGCGCACGCCCGCAAAAGGAAGACAUCUUCAAAACACACAACAAGAACGUCAAGAAGCGUGCGCUGAAAGACGAGGAGGAGAGCGACUUCACCCAGAAGCACCGCGGGCGCACGACAGACGAAAAGGGCGAGGAUGAGCAGGCAUGGAAGCGCACAAAGCGCCGCAUGGAAGAAAAAGCCCGCCUCUACGACGCGCUAAAACGAGGCGAUGUCGAGGACAGGGCCGACAAGUACGGUGUGGACUUUGACCGCAAGUGGGCUGAGCAGCAAGCCUCGGGGCAGAAAUCAGAUUCAGACUCCGAGUCGGAAGCCUCCGAAGAAGAGGAGCUAGUCGAGUACGUUGAUGAGUUUGGGCGGACGAGAAAGGGCACACGCGCUGCCGCCGCCCUCGCGUCCCGCAGCCAGCACGUCGAGGAUCCCGAUCGCUUCACCGCCCGUCCCGUCAUGCCCGACCAGAUCAUCUACGGCGACACGGUCCAGACCAAUGCCUUCAACCCCGACGCCACGAUAACAGAGCAAAUGGCCGAACUCGCAGCGAAGCGCGAUAAGUCACUCACACCCCCGCCGGACACGCAUUUCGACGGCAGGGCCGAGGCGAGACAGCGGGGCACGGGCUUCUUCCACUUCAGCAAAGAUGAGGAAGAGAGGAAGGAACAGAUUGCGCGGCUGGAGAAGGAGAGGGAAGAGACGGACAAGGUUAGACGGGAGAGGAAGGAUAUGGUGGAGAGGAGGAGGGAGAUGGUAAGGGAGAAGAAGGGGAGGUUGAGAGAGAAGAGGAGUAAAGGGCAGGCAGAGAGGUUUUUGGACGAGCUGGGCGUUGAGUUGGGCAUGGGUGUUGAGGGAGAUGAUGUAAAUGAAGACAUAAAUGCGGAGGAGGCUAUAAAGGAGACUGUAAACGAAGAGAAGAAGGAGGCGGAGCAUAUUGAGAAGAAUCCGGGUCCUGCAGAGAAGGAGGUCUGAAUUAUAUGCUCUGGAUUGUUAAGACAUGUUGCACGUAUGAUACCCCUAGUUCCUUUCAAUCUAAUCUAGCCCCAUCUUCUGAUCAUGAACACCAUCAUCGUCGUCGUCGACUCCUUCCAAUGCUACUAUACACACACACAUAGAUCUUGGCAUACUCGUUCUACUAUAAAUUCCCAUCUAAACCCCAUUCUUUGCAACCUCCACAUCUCCCACCUUUCCGAAACAAGAACAAAAACAUGCGGUUCUGUCAUCCAUGUGUGCUCUCUUCUCUUCUGUUCCCGAAAGAUUAUAUUUUCUAGCGACAUGUCGCAUCUCCACCAAAACCCACAAACCCGAGCUUCUGUCUUGCCCAAGACAUGAAAGCAUUACAGGAUCUUGCGAUGUGUGAGCAAACCCCUCCAAAACACGUGGCAUCACCAGGUAUGUCGCGCCCUCGACUGAUAU